ACCUAACUAAGAACUUCACAGCAUCUAUAUACUUCGUUUGUAUCGUCCCACUUCUACUUCGUUUGCAUCUAACACUACGGAGCUUCCAAUGUACUAACAAACACAACAGAAUUUCAUUCCAUUUUAAAACCCAAAACCGUUCCCUCUUCUCUUCAUAUUUUCUGGCUUCUUCAAUUUUCUCUUCUCCUCUCAUUUUCAGAACAGCAAUGGCUUCUCUUACCGGAUCCAAUUGCGUCGCCCUCCGAACCGCCAAUUUUGCCGCCGCUUCCGCCACCCGUAAAAUCGGUCAGAUCCGGCAAUGGUCUCCGGUUCUCAAUAAUCUCCGUCCAGUUUCCGGUCUUUAUUCUAGAUCCAAUACUUCGUUUAACUCCACUGGUAUGAGAGUACAGGUUGCUACUUUGGCGGAAGCUGGAACCGCAGAAACUCAGAAAGUGGAGGCGCCGGUUGUAAUUGUAACCGGAGCUUCCAGAGGUAUUGGAAAAGCUAUUGCGCUAGCUUUAGGUAAAGCAGGUUGCAAGGUCUUGGUCAACUACGCAAGAUCAUCCAAGGAAGCCGAAGAGGUUUCUAAGGAGAUUGAGGCACUGGGUGGGCAGGCUCUAACAUUUGGUGGAGAUGUUUCUCAACAAGAUCAAGUGAACUCUAUGUUUAAAACUGCAGUAGAUGCUUGGGGAACUGUUGAUAUAUUGAUAAACAAUGCUGGAAUAACCAGAGAUGGUUUAUUGAUGAGAAUGAAGGAAUCUCAGUGGAAUGAUGUUAUUAAUAUAAAUCUCAACAGUGUUUAUUAUACCACACAGGCAGCUGUUAAGAUUAUGGUGAAGAAUAAGAAGGGAAGGAUAAUCAAUAUUUCAUCUGUUGUUGGUUUAGUUGGCAAUGCCGGACAAUCCAAUUAUGCUGCUGCAAAAUCAGGAGUAAUUGGCUUCACAAAGUCUAUUGCAAGGGAAUUUUCUAGCAGAGGCAUCACUGUUAAUGCUGUUGCUCCAGGAUUUAUUGCAUCUGACAUGACUGCCAAGUUAGGAAAAGAUCUCGAGGCAAAGAUUUUGGAGGGAAUUCCAUUAGGACGAUAUGGCCAACCAGAAGAAGUUGCUGGACUAGUGGAAUUCUUGGCCCUUAAUCCAGCUGCCAGCUACAUCACUGGGCAGGUUCUCACCAUUGAUGGAGGUAUGGUGAUGUAAAUCAAUUAUCUGUUUCACUAGCAAUCUGAGCUCCUACACCUAAAUCACAGUUCAUCCAAUUGGUUGUCAACUACUAAAUGGCGAUAGUUCGUUCUUUGCUGAGUUUUGCUUGAGCUCUACCUUGUGAUUUAUAGUAGAAUCUUAGUUGAGCUUAUUCAUGAAAUGAAAGGUGUUUUAACAAGGUCAUGUUAGCAGAAUAGGAAUAAUAAUUGUUACUAUAUUUUAAGCUACUCGUCACUUUGAGGAUUAGUUUUUCCUUCCUAGAUGGUCUUUGCUAGCUCAUUGAUGCAGUGUUCUUUAUUCUGAUUAUAUGCAAUAGUAUAACUGUAAAAGCUAAGUUUUGUGGCAAUUAUUCGAAUUAUUUGGUUUGAGAAA